AAGAAAGCUUGAGACUUCCAUGUCAAUGAGUUUCAGUUUUUGGGGGCUAAUCAUCUAAGUGAGUUCAAUCAGUGAGUUUCAUUGUGUUUCUCGAAAUCGAGUGAAGGAAACAAAACGAGUCAUGGGCCAUUCAAGUGACUCAGUUUCCAUUGCGAUUGAUAUGGUUCCUUUUGGAGGGAAGGAGUUUUUGGUGAAAACAAGCAGAGGUUCUUUAUCUGUUUUUGUUUGCGGUGAUCCAGAGAAACCCGCUUUGAUAACUUACCCGGAUGUUGCUCUCAACUACAUAUCUUGUUUCCAAGGCCUAUUCGUUUGCCCCGAUGCCGAUUCUUUGUUGCUUCAAAACUUUUGCAUUUACCACAUUGAUGCCCCAGGGCACGAGUUGGGAGCGAAUGUGAUAUCUUCAGAUGUUCCAUUGCUUAGUGUGGAUGACUUAGCAGAUCAGGUCGCUGAAGUUCUUGAUUUCUUUGGACUGAAGAGAGUUCUAUGCUUGGGUGUAACAGCAGGGGCUUACAUCCUUACACUAUUUGCAAUGAAAUAUAAUGAGCGGGUGCUUGGAUUAAUUCUCGUGUCUCCUGUUUGCAAAGCUCCUACAUGGGCUGAAUGGCUCUACAACAAGGUGUUGAUGAACUUGUUAUACUUCUACGGUAUGUGUGGUGUAUUAAAAGAAUGCCUUCUUCAGCGGUAUUUCAGUAAGGAACUCAGGUAUGGUAUGCAUGGUGCAGAGUCCGAGAUUGUCCAAGCUUGCCUCAAAUUAUUGGAUGAAAGGCAAAGUCCAAAUGUUAUGCGCUUUCUUCAAGCAAUUAAUAGGAGACAUGAUCUUAUGGAAGACUUGAAGAAAUUGAAGUGUAAGACUCUUAUUUUUGUGGGUGAAUGCAGUCCAUUCCAUGCAGAAUCUGUGCAUAUGAGUACCAAAAUCGGAAGAAAGAAUUGCACUCUCGUCGAGGUUAAAGCAUGUGGCUCACUGGUAACAGAAGAGCACCCAUUGGCCAUGCUGGUCCCUAUUGAAUUCUUUCUACUGGGAUUCGGUUUCCAAAGACAACCACAUUUUGCUUCCUCGUCAAGCAAUGGUUCGAACCCUUCGAGUCCAUCAAGUCAGUCGUGCAUAGCUCCCGAACUUCUCUCCCCCGAGGGUCUAGGGAUCAAGCUUAAACCGAUCAAAACCCGUGCAGAUAUCGGAAUUUGAUCGAGGGUCUGAUGUAACACAGCAGGAGUAGGAUUUGACAAUUUGUAGAAUAUGUUUGGAGGUUGACAGUAUACAUACAUCCCUAUAUAUAUAUAUAUAUUCUUUGAUUUGUAUUGGUGGGAGGAGGUUUCAUUGAUAUGUUGAUUGUAGAUAGAAUUGAUGAACAUUUUGUACUUAAAAACAGGGGGAGGAUUCGUUCUUUUGAGAGGAUAAUACAGAUUUAUUUUUGUAUUA